UCAGCAGCUAUAAAAUAGACGUCUUUUCUCCCGAGUCGUACUGUAUACGAAGCCUAGUUUCCGAGCUUUGGCCCCUUUAUCAGGGUGUUGUCACGCAAUCCCGAGAUGCAAGGGCAAGAGGGGCAGAGGCUGGUAUUUUAUCUUGAUCAGCACAUCAGAAAUCCGCACACAACAAGCUCCUGCCUUUUGCGGUAUUGUGAUUUGUAUUUUCACUCGCCGUGUACAUGAAGCGAAUCUGCAGUUCGAUUGAUAAUAAACAUCAUAAGAAAUUACUGAUGUAGGGGAGACACUGGUAGACUUUAAGACAACCGACUGACCUGGCUGAUCAAUGUACACUACAUUGCUUGUGCCAGACCUGAAGAAGCCGGCCGUGCUAAUUUUUGGUGCGUGCCUUUCCUUUUCCUUUUAGGUUGUUGUCUUGGACACACAUCGGCGCUGUUCACCCUAUGACACUCACAGGUACUGUAGCUACGAAAGCUCGCUGGACGGCUGCCCUUGUGUUCUGGGACAGGGCGGGUCUGCGCCUGAGUGGAAGUUUUGCUUUCUCUCGGCGAUGGGCUGAGUUUCUGCCGCUUGUGGGCUGUGCCUUUCCCGUCUCCCUGGCCAGCCUCCGACUGACAUUCCAGCAGAUCAAAGCCGGGCAUUCACUGCUGUUAUGGAAACCCGAAGCGACUGCGACAGUGCCGAUGGCUGGUGAGAGAGAGACCAUGGCUCCAGAGACGUGGGAAUGAUGUGGCUGCCGCCGGCAUGGCCCGAUCAGCAAGCGCUAACAGCGGCGGCAGCUCCAGCGUGUCGGCCCCGCAGGACCGGGCCGAGGCUCGGGAGCUGGCCGACCCAAAGGAGCUGUCCCUGGAGGAAGUGCUGAAGUCUUACGAGCAGCCCAUCAACGAGGAGCAGGCUUGGGCGGUGUGCUAUCAGAGCUGCAGGGGACUGAGAGACCUGCUGUCUGCCGGCGGGCUGUUCGGGCUCCGCGAGGUGAGGGGUCCGGCUUCGAUACUCUUGCGCAAGGAUGGGACCGUCGCCCUGCACACAGACCCGGCCACCCCAGAUGUCAGUAGAAAACUCUCCCCAAAGACUGUCCCUGAAAGCCAGGUGGUGCAGUCCCUGGGCUUCGCCAUCUACCGGGCGCUGGACUGGGGCCUGGACGAGAGCGAGGAGCGGGAGCUGAGCCCCCAGCUGGAGCGGCUCAUCGAGCUGAUGGCCAGCGGGGACGGCCAGGGCGGCGGCACGGCCGACGAGGGAUACAGCGGCCAGGAGGAGGAGGAGGAGGAGGAGGAGGAGGCUGGGGGGGGGGCCCGCCGCGCCGUGCGGUCCUUCCGGCAGGUGAUGGCGGUGUGCGCGGCCCGCCUCGCCAACCCCAGCCAGGCCCAGGCGCACUACCAGGCUGUCUGCCGGGCGCUGUUUGUGGAGACCCUGGAGCUGCAGACCUUCCUCAUCAAAAUCAGGGACGCCAAGGAGAUGCUGAAGAAAAUCCGAGAUGAAGAGACCCCAGAGGGGAAGCCUGCAGCGGAGCUGGACAACCUCCGGAACACAGACUGGGCCCGCCUCUGGGUGCAGCUGAUGCGCGAGCUGCGCCACGGCGUCAAGCUGAAGAAGGUGCAGGAGCAGCAGUUCGACCCGCUGCCCACCGAGUUCCGCCUCACGCCCUUCGAGAUGCUCAUGCAGGACAUCCGCGCCCGCAACUACAAGCUGCGCAAAGUCAUGGUUGACGGUGACAUUCCCACGCGAGUGAAAAAGGAUGCCCAUGAACUCAUCCUGGAUUUCAUCAGAUCACGACCUCCGUUGAAACCAGUGUCCGAACGCAGCCUGCGGCCCCUCCCGGAGAGGCAGCACUCCNUACACGAGAGGAUCCUGGCUGAAAUCCGGCAGGAGAGGAAGCUGAAGCCAGUGGAGCAGCCGUGCUGUGGCAGGAGAGCUUUCGGCUCUCUGCCCUGCCUGGUCCAUGCCUGUACCUGCGACGUCAAGUCCACCUCCUGCAUCGACCUCUCCGUCCCCGAGGGCGGAAACCGCCUGCCCCCACCGCGGCCCAGGGUCCUGCUCAAAGCCCCCACGCUGGCCGAAAUGGAGGAGAUGAACAUAUCGGAGGAGGAGGAGUCUCCCAGUGGGGACAUGAGGAGGGUGGAGAGCUCGCCGGUGCCUCUGAAGAGGGACCGCUCGUUCUCCGAGCACGACAUCGCCAUGCUGCAGAGUGAAAUGGCUCUGUCCCAUUCCAAAUCGGAGCAGCUCUCUUCCAGAGGGGAGCGCUUCCGGGCUCGUAGCAUGGUCAACAGCUCUGGGAGCACCCAUCAGCGGGUGUCCUUUCCUGUAAGAGGCCGAGCGGCUCGCCCCCAGGGGGUGUUCUCCCCCGGCCGGGGGUCCCUCAGCUCAGUGGAGGAGCGGACCGAGGCCGAUGGCAGCUCCCCUUCCAAGCAGGGCUCCAGACACCAGUGGAUGGUGAGUACGUUGUGUUGAAACUGGAACCGGAGGACACGCAUGGAAAACAUGGGCAAGCGCAUGGAGAACCGACAACAGGAAGCACUUCUUUACGCAAAGCACUGUGGGAGUCUGGAACAACAUUCUCCGCCAUGCCUUGUCUCCAAUGUAAUUCUGAUAAAUAAGUGAUGUCAUAGCAUCUGCAUCUCAUUGUUUUUUAACCUUGUGACUGGGUUACAGUGUAGAAUAAGGUAGGAAGUAAGCAGCUGCUUAUUACAGUAAUUGCUUGAAAAAACAGAUGAAUGGCUAACUGCUGAAUUUUCUUUUGUUAGAAAUGCAUUAAAGACUGGGAGUUAAGCACUAAACAUUUUCUAUUUAAAGCUCUUAAUCUAAUUUUUUGGCAAGUAAUUCAUUAAUUCAAGCAGUGCUUCUUCUGCAUGUUUCUUUGCUAAAUUCAUUAUUGGUGAAUAAUGCAUUUAAUAACCAGUGAUCUCUAUAGUUUUAAUGGCUUUUCUAGCUUUGGGCAUUCCUCAUUAAUCUAUACGGAGCACUAACUCUGGGCAGAGAUUACCAGAGCCC